AUGCUCGCACUUGGCCCGCCAGAACCUGGAACAUACUCGAAGGCGGCGGGUGCGCCUCCGCUUCACGACCUGCCGCCACCUCUCGUCGAAUUGCCACCAGAGAACUACAGUGACCUUCUCACCGGCAAAGUGAAGUGCUGGUUCGAGGAUCGCGCUUUCGGCUUCAUCACGCCGGAAGGAGGUGCAGAGGAUGUUUUCGUGCACAAAUCUGUGCUGAAAGAUGGGCAAAGUCUCAUCGUUGAUAGUUUCGUAAUGUUUGACCUCAUCUAUGAUCCGGACCGGCGACGCUUUCAGGCCACGCGCUGCUUCGGGGCGACUCUGCCGCCAGACGAGGUAAGUCGGGCACCACGCAAGGGGCCUUACAGCUUGGCAGAUCCGUGGGACGAGCUGUACAUGACAAGCGGCGCGGAGCAUCUCCGAAUGCCGCAAGGCUUUGCUCCGGCGCCGAGGGCAGCUACUUGCAUGUGGAAUGCAGCCCCAGGCGAAACCCCUGCUCCGCGAGCCAAAGAGGCAUCGAAGGCCCAAUCAGCACCGGCAGCUGAAGCUGCAGAGGAGAAGGUGGAGCAGAGAGAAGCAAAAGCAACUUCGAUCUACGACUUCUUCCAGGAUGACGAGGAGACACUGUGA